GUAGGAGGCCGGUCAUAUGUGAGAGCACAGGUCAGUUUAAAUUCAUGUGUCGGUGGAAAUACGGCGAGUAGUUCGUAGUCCGUGCAAUGCCAUUGUUUGAACCGGGUGGCGGGAGGACGUUGCAAUCGCGGUUCAAAGCCGAGCCGAAAGUGUGGCUUAUGUGUAGAAUUGAAGGACAUACGUGUAAAGGGUCGAUUGGGCAGAUGAUGACUGUUCGUGGGUGUCCGUUCGUCGGCCUAGGAAAGAACAAAUGCACCCUGGAUAUGCGGUGGCACCGAGAAGCUCUCGACCUUACCGAUGGGCGCUCAAAUAGGAAAGCCGAUGUCGAGUUGACGGAGCGUGUGACUUGUCCCCACAGGAGCUGGACACUUGGCAGCCAUGCAAAGAUAUUGCUCGUCUGUAGUUGAUCAUGUUCGAACUUAGUCAUAGGGUGAAGGUCCGUCAUUGUACAUAGUACCGAGCAGAUGUUCGGAGAGUCGCGCGAGGCGUCUGAAGUCGCAUGUAUUGAGGCACUCCUCGGAUCUGGCACAAAGUGCCUGUACUGUUGACCUACCGCUCGUACACGUUCUGUUGAGUUGGGCAGCCAUGCAUUUCACUGCGA